AUGGCUCAAGGAGGCGAUCCCUCCGCCUCCAUACCCACACAAACGCUGGACCCUGCCGAAGGUACACAACGCAGGCAGCAACAACCCCUGGCGCCACAUGCGCAACAACCAGCACUUAGACCGCACCAACCUACCCAGUCACAUCGCCACUCACGAUCCUCCGCCGCGCAACAGCAGCAAGCUCAUCAGUUCUCCGGCGUGCCAGAUAGCGGUGGCGCUGGCGAGCAGGUGCCAAGCGCAGCAACGGCGCAGCCUGGCGACGCCUCCACGACGACCAAGGCCCAGCCAAGGAACUCGUUCCCGCACGCGUUUGAGCGAUGGGAGGCACUCUCAGCUCACUGGGAGGGUCUGACUUCGUUCUGGAUACGGAAGUUGCAACAACACGCGGACGAGAUCGAUCGAGACCCCGUGUCAGCGCAACUUUCGCGACAAGUCAGCGAUCUGUCAGCAGCUGGCGCGAAUCUGUUCCACGCUGUCGUUGAGCUACAACGACUCAGGGCAAGCUCGGAGCGCAAGUUCCAGCGGUGGUUUUUUGAGACUCGUUCGGAGCUGGAACGGCACGAGGAGACAAAGGCGUCCCUCGAACGCGCAUUGCGAGAAGAGCGCCAGUCCAAAGCAGCCGCCAUCCAAGAGGCAAUUGAAAACGAGCGUGCCAACUCCAAGACACAGAAGCGCGUCAACGAGAUGCAGAAGGAGCUCCUCAUAUCCAAAGAGGAGGCACGACGCGCUUGGGAGGAACUAGGCCGCCGAGAGCAAGAGGAACGAGAUCGCACAUUCUCCUUGCAGCAAGGCCUACCUACUAUCGUCGGAGGCGUGCAAGUGGUCCCGAUGACCCAGGGUGUUCCCAGCAGAGGCCCCAGCACCCGGGAGUCACGACAGGCGCAACAGCCUGAGCUGCCGCCACAGCAGUAUCCUCAGUACCCCCAGGCCAAGCCGCCCCCGCCGGCGGCACCCAGCUCAGGCGCAGGCGGAGGUUACUAUCAGCCGCCACAAGAGAUCGAAGAGGAGCGGCCAUACACUGCCGAAGGAGGAUCCGAGGCAGGCUAUAGCGAAGGUGAGUACGUCAUCGAUGCUCAGGGCAACUUUGUUCGGGACUCGCACGGAGACAGAGUCCCCUACCGUGCCCCAGGCACGCCAGGAGAUGAUGACUCUGACUCGUGGACAGAAGAAUACGAGACUCCUUCGGCACAGCAUGGCGUUAGCUACCCUCCUUCGGCCUCUCAGUGGUCGGGGACGUACACCUCGGGCCAGCCUGACUAUACAGGCACUGGCUAUGCUGCCCCUGGCUGGGAGACCAUGCCCCGCCACCACCACCCCACCCGACUCAGCGACGUGCUCGAAGAGGACGAGACGCGUAGCAGGACGAGCGCCAGCCAGAGCCAAGUCAGUCGGGCUUAG